GUACAAAUGAAGCAAAGUCCCAAGAAAAUGAGAAAAGAAGGCAUAGAACUCACAGAGUUAAUGCUCUUGAAGGUUUAAUGCUGUUCUGACAACCUUUUUUGUAUAUUCUAGAAAGGGAUAGAAUGUUGACCCUAUACUUCCUAUGUUCUGGAUUUUGCUUUAUUACAAUCAUCCUCGUGGAAAUAGCCAUUUUCAAAAGCAGCAACGAAUUGGCGAUAUUCAGUUCGAUCCCGCUGGUAAUACUGUUGGUAUUCAUCCCGGCGUUGGUGUACAUGGACAACGUGAAAGGGAGCAGGAACGCCAUCGACCUGAAAUUGUUCUCCGUAUCAGCGUUCAUUCACAGGAACCGAAAUGUUGCCCAGGUGUUUUCGCUCAUCAUGGCCGUGUCAGUCUACUUGCUUGCCAUGCUACAAACGCUGUCCAUUCCAAGGCCAAGAGACUGUCCCAACCUCACACUGCUGGACGUGAAUUGCACGACUUACCCAUUUGCAACAUAUCCACUAGAAGAAAAGGGCUGUAAGCAUUACUAUUUAGCGGAUUUUCUUCUUCUACUAGUAAUGUUAUCUAUGAUAGCAUGUGCGGUGUAUCAGAUCCUGAUAUCUCUACUAAAGGCAGUAGUCCUAUUAACGGGACUAGCCGGCUUCCUAGGAGUCUACGUCAGUUACAAUAGAGAUGUUAUUUCGUCUCCUUGUUUUCAUGAAAUUAGUUUCAGCCCCGUUUCCGACAUGCAGAAGUUGUGGAACGACGGAGGUAGCGGAAUAACCGAACAGUACGUCAGCCUAAUCAUCCUUUGCGGAUUCGUGAUAGCGCUGAUCGUGCAUGGACAGCAAACCGAGGCCACCUAUCGAUUGGAUUUCGUGUGGAAGUUACAGGCCACAGAAGAAAAAGAGGAUAUGGAGCAUUUGGAAGCGUAUAACAGGAAACUACUGGACAACAUCUUGCCUGUUCAUGUUGCAGAGCACUUUCUUAGUGCCGACAAAAAUAAUGACGAGCUGUAUCAUGAGCAGUGCGAGUUUGUAUGCGUAAUGUUCGCAUCAAUACCUAACUUCUCGGAAUUCUACGUAGAACUGGAGGCUAACAACGAAGGUGUGGAGUGUUUAAGACUGCUCAAUGAAAUUAUCGCAGAUUUUGAUGAACUCCUGUCCGAGGAAAGGUUCAAGUACAUCGAAAAGAUCAAGUCUACAGGGUCCACUUAUAUGGCGGCAUCUGGUUUGACGCGUGUCACCUGUGACAUGGUAGAUUACAAGCAUGUGACAGCGAUGGCUGACUACGCUUUGCGCCUUCGCGAACAACUGCAGGAGGUAAACGAGCAUUCCUUCAACUCGUUCCGAGUACGCGUGGGCAUCAACGUGGGGCCAGUGGUUGCCGGAGUCAUCGGAGCUCGUAAGCCCCAAUACGACAUUUGGGGCAAUGCAGUUAACGUCGCUAGUCGUAUGGACAGCACAGGGGUCUGCGAUAAGAUUCAGAUAACGGAGGAAGUGAACCAGAUCCUUUCGGCAAAAGGAUAUCCUACAACGUGUCGAGGCACCAUAGAAGUUAAAGGCAAAGGUACCAUGCAAACCUUUUUCCUGGACGGCCCAACUCAGCCAGAUCUGAUGAAGGAUCCUCUCCAAUCUGCGUCUACUCCCACCACCAAUAUCACGGUCAACCCAUUAGCCAACCUCAACGAAAAACAAGCCGUUUCCAACACCCCUCUAUUACUAGGUACUAUAUCGGAGAAGAAUUGAGUUUCUUUCAGGAAUCUUCCUCCCAAAUGAUUUACGAAGGCCCAAUCAAGCGGCCUAAGUACCCUACAGGUCCUUUUCAUCGUUAUUGGCUAUUUCAAAGAUACAAUGCAUUUCUGUUCACACUAUGCUUUCAAAGCCAAUCUCCAAAGGUUUUAAGGUUCAUCUUAAAACAUCAUACCAGGAACCAGAUAUACCUUACCAACCAGGAUCAAAGAUUUAAUAAAAAAAGUGCAUAUCUUUAUAUUUCGUAAAUUCCACUUUCACUGUAGAGAAACAUUUUAAUUGUGGCGCGCGGUUUACCUUUUACUUUUAUUAGAGGCUCUAUAAUAGAGAUGUUACAUGUUACCCACUCGAAAAUGGUCAGGACUCAGGACUCUAUAAAGUACACAUAUCACUAAACUCAUUUUUAGAUGCCGUUAUUUUUUUUAUUAUUUCGCUGAUUGUGAACGAAUCAAGUCCUGAGUAGAUUUUUCAUUAAGCGAAAGCAGCUAUUUUCAGAGCCAUAAAACACAGGCUAAACUUAUUAUCUAUGCUUAGAGUUGAAAAGUCCCUAAAUCUUAUUAGAAACAGUACCUGAUCCGGGUUUUUGGCUCUUUUUAUUGUUUAAUCAAUUUUUUAUGUCUUAUACAUGUUGUGCAUAGAAUCGUUCUGAUUCUGCGCUGUAGGCUCUCAUGAUGUCAGAACUUCUUUGUGAUUGGCUACUGGAGAAUCAAAACGGUUCCAGAAUAGUUGCCUGUAGAACCCGAACGAGGCUAUAAUCACCUUCUUGAUAGAAAAACGUUGCUCAUGAGAGAAGUCGUCAGACAGCUUUCUAAUCUUUACUUUACCUCGGUAACGUUUUAGUUGGAUCAUAAAUGUUUUACCGUCAUAGCUAUCUUUGCAUUUUUUUAAAUUAUUCUUUUGGAUACUAAUUACUAAGGGCCCUUCUGUACAGUAAUGGAAUCUGAAUAAAAUUGUUGUGGGAAAAUUAGCCAUGAUGUAGCUUUUAAGUCUUAAACCAACAAGCUCUCCUCAACUUACUAUCAAUUGCGGAUCGCGAAGCUCGCGGUAAUAGGUAUAUAGAUAUAUUAGUCUUGUACAAUGGCCACUUGGGCGCUAGUGUCGCAUUUCUUCAUGAGGGGGAAUGAACAAUUAUAUGACAGCGAUACUCUGUCUUGGAUUUUCUGAUCCAUAUUGAACGCGUGGAAAAAAUAGUGGCCCAUUUCAUUUUGAAUGCAUAGCACUUGUUCUUUUAGUAGAAGAAAUAUCCGUCUUGAAGCGAAACUAUCCACACAGACAGGAAAAUGUUGUAAAUAUUAGACAAUAACAGUUGCCUCCAUUCUUCCGAAUAUUCUGGAACACACGAUCUACAUUGUAUGUGUUUAUGUAAAUGUCAAUAAAAAGGGUUUUUUAUUCCACGUGUCUAUUUUCAUUAAAAAUAAUAAAAAUAGAGUUAAGAACAUGAACAUACUCCUCACUACACAUUGUACGUGUUUAUGUAAAUGUCAAUAAAAAGGGUUUUUUAUUCCA